AUGGACACCGGUGAAUUCGUUCAGACAAAAUUCGCGCAGGCGCUGAAAACUCAGAGUCCAAUCAUCAGGGCCCACGCGUGCCCUUACCCCGGUCAUGAGGGACGCGUCUUUCCGAGUGCCGACCAGCUGUAUGAUCACGGCAAGAUAGACCAUCGCGACGAGUUCGAAGGCUUGUCUCCGCGACAGGCAAGAGAGAAGUUUCGAGAGCUAAGCCUGAAGUUCAACAGAUCUGAUCACUCGGCAGCUGCAACUGUUGGAGACCGGUCAGCGCCUGAUAUCGCGGCUCUUACUAUAGAUUCUGGAAAGGCUUCCAGGCAGAACUCACCGCCCUCUGGAAGGAAACGACCGGCAGAACAUGACUUCACCAGCCCCAGAGGAAAGGGUCCGUCUCACGUGGAAGUAGCUGAUCCGGAGUUCUCGAGACAAAUUCCACAAACUGUUGUUUCGGACAGGGCACGGUCGAGACCACAGGAUGCACGCCUUUUCGACCCUAAACAAAACGCCAAGUCUACCUCGUCUCCAUACCAGACAACACCCGAGCCCUCCAGCGAGUGGUCAGCCGAAGCUACGAAGAGCAGUCACUUAAAAUCACCGCAAACCCAGUCCCGUGCUCAUACACCGCAACGAACUACUCCUAAACCUCAGCAAUCUCAACGCCAGCCAGGCCUUAUCGAACUUCAACGCUAUGAUCCCCGAUACCCCAGUUUACUAUUGCAGCCCGAUAGUCGACCCAUCUCGCAAGAACAACUUGCGUCGGAAGUGAAAUCUAUUUACGCAGGAUUAACGAUGGUGGAGACCAAGUGUAUACAUGUGGAUCGCGCACAAGCCGCAGCUGCCCAAGAUGGUGAUACCAAACUUGCGUCGGAUCAUUGGCAGGCUUUGAUCGCUCUUCACCGGACUCUAUUACAUGAGCAUCAUGACUUUUUCUUAGCUAGCCAGCAUCCCUCUGCAUCGCCGGCCCUCCGACGUCUUGCCGCCAAAUACUCGAUGCCUGCACGCAUGUGGAAGCAUGGUAUCCAUUCCUUUUUGGAGUUACUGCGAAGGCGUCUUCCUGACAGUAUAGAUUAUAUGUUGGCAUUCAUUUAUUUGGCGUAUCAGAUGAUGGCGCUUUUAUACGAAACUGUUCCAGCUUUCGAGGACACAUGGAUCGAGUGCCUGGGAGACCUUGGCCGAUAUCGGAUGGCGAUUGAGGACGAAGAUGUCCGGGACCGUGAAACUUGGGCAGGCGUCGCGCGCUCUUGGUACACCAAGGCUGCUGAUAAGAAUCCUACUGUGGGUCGUCUAUAUCACCAUCUCGCUAUCUUGGCACGACCAAAUGCUCUCCAGCAGAUGUACUACUAUUCUAGGUCCCUGACCUGCGUCAAACCAUUCCAGAGCGCGCGAGAGUCAAUCUUGACUCUGCUGGAUCCUAUUCUUGGUCGUGCAGGCGCACCUCUCACACAUGCUUUAGCGAUCGACACCAACUUCAUCAAAGCACACGGGCUGCAAUUCGAGGAAUCUUGUGUGGACAGGGCUCAAGCGCAGGAGCAUCAGCAUACAACUGAGUUCAUGAACGCAAAGGCCGAAUUCAUCGGAAAUCUGGACAACCACAUUGGUCGUGUGACAGCAAAAUGGAAGGAGCAGGGUGUAUACAUCGCCGUGACCAAUAUUGCUGGCUGGUUUGAGUACGGCAUAAACAACAACCUUCUUCGCCAGGCCUUCCUGACUCCGAUCUACCAAAGAGCACAAGACUCUCCGCAAAUUGCUAUCGAAGGCAAGAUUCGGAGUGCAUCUCCAGCUGAUCAACAGAAUCCAACGCAGCCUUCGAUCGAUGAAGAUACUAUCAAGGAGGCACUGGAAGACGACGAUGGAUUUAAAGCGGGUGAGACUUUCCGCAACGCCAAAUCCAUCACCAACGAGACUUUUGCACUUGUUCUUCGCCGUAUUGGCGACAAAAACGUGCUUCCUCACGUACAUAUCAUGCUCGCUUUCCUUUCUAGCUUCGCUUCCGGUAAAUACGUUUCCGAUCUCAUUGCAGACGCUCCUUGGGCCGAACUCGUUGCUUUCCUGAAUACGUUGGUCAAGACUGAGAACCAAAUACAAAGUCAGUCACAGAACCAGAUCUCAAACAUCGAUGCUUUACUGGCAUCCGAUGUGUUUCCUGGACAGGACGAGAGGUCUGAUGAGUUGCCACUACCGGAAGACUACCUUGUGCGAGGCUUAAUCUGGGCUGACGGUUACUUCCCCCAGACGUGGUUCGAGAGAGAGCAUGAUGAGGAAGAGCGAUAUCUGGAGCUAGCGAGUACGGUCAAAAAUCGAAUGGAAAGAGUGUUGAGACUGGGCUUUUCCAUCUCAAAGUACCACCGCUGGAUCACAUAUACCAAGGACUCCCAUGUAUUCUCAGUUUGUCCCCAAUGACACCUGGCGGCUCAUGUCAACAUCUCUAUUACGUUUGCUUAUACACAACUACGAUACUCGCCCUUCCAUCAUGCCGAGCGGCUUCGUCACUCUUCUCAUAUUCCAUCCGCAUCAUCAUCACUAAAAAGGAUCUGUCCUCAGCAAUAUACUUGUGGUGACAUCUCUUUGCUGCGUCGUGCCAUGCAAGGAUAAAGGAGGAGUGGUGGCCAAAUCGAGAAAACCGCGGGCUGGUGAACAUUAGUUUGCUAUGAUUUUAAUUAUUAUGAUACGUUCAUUAUUCGGUGUGAAAAUGCCAUGCAACAAGAAAAGUGGCACCAGAAACCAGGAAGUAGACGUGCUGGGUUACGACAGUUCAACCACGAAAUACGUGGAACUCACAAUAUACCGAACACGUCGUUCACUUUGCGUCACACUUCUGUUCUGAUUCAACGAUCAACGCUU